AUGAUGCUGACUCAGAGGCACAGCAUUCUUUCUCCAGAAGCCCAGGAGAAUGGCAGCACACCCCAGUAUGGUGCACAUGCUCAUGGGCAUGAACAUCCUUACGGAAUUAAAACGAGCCUUCUUCCUGCUAUGUUCGUGCCCCAGGAACUGCAGGAUUCUAUCUUUUCUUUCAUCCUGAAGCCCAGGCACCUGGCCAGGAACCAACAGAGAGAUUCAGGCUGGAAGAGAGUUAAGAAGAGUGUUGUCGCACACCUGGCCUGUUGGAAGAGCUCCAGUGCUUCGCAGGACAACCCCAGCCCGGCACCACCACCUGCAAAGCCAAGACAGCUCUUUGGCAUUUCUAUGAUGGACAUUUGUGACGACGACAAGCUGCUCAACCCCAUUCUGGAUAUGCUUGCUUUUAUCAAUGAAAAAGGGCCGCUCACAAAAGGCGUCUUCAGGCCAGAGACCAAUAGGAAAUCCUGCAGAGCCCUAAAGAAGAAGCUCAAAUCCGGGAAAAAAGUGAACUGGGAUGGUGAAUCCGUCCUUGUGGCAGCGGCCGUCUUAAAGGAUUUUCUUCAAACUAUCGAAGGAAGUCUUUUUUCAUCCAGUCUGUAUGAUAAAUGGCUUGCCAUUCCUGAUCAAGGGGAGAGCGAGGAUGACAAAAUAACUGCAACACGGAGGCUUUUAGACCAGCUGCCGAGAGCCAAUGCUGUUCUCUUGCGGUGUCUGUUUGGAGUUUUACGCAACAUUGAGCAGCACUCCAAAUACAACGAGAUGACAGCUUUUGGUUUAUCGAUGUAUAUAGCCCCGAGCCUUCUUUAUCUGCCUGGUACUUGCAACACAGAUCUAGGAAACAAUAUGAAAAAGAAGAUAUCUCUGGUAGAAUUUCUCAUUGAAAACUGCCACAAGAUAUUUGGUGAAGAUGCCACUUCCCUCCUGGGGAAGAGCUCAGUGAACGGUGGUACCAGUGAGGCUACAGGGCAAAGGGCCGGAGGCCGGCGGAAGACUGGGGUCAAGCAGGUGUGUCAGGAAGAGCAGAUCCUUUUGACAGGAGAAAGUUCAUGA